AUGGUUGACGUUGACACAUCAGAUGGUGCUGCUGUGAAAAGAAUAGGUAACAAUCCAGGUCGCUUUGCCAAUGCUACCCUGGUCCGACUCUCCGAGUUUUUAAGCACGGGGUACAAGAAAGGCGUCCGUCCCGUUAGGGACUGGAGACAAUCUACGAUGGUGGCCAUUGACCUGAUGGUGUACUCCAUUCUCAAUGUGGAUGAGAAAAAUCAAGUUCUCACAACGUAUGUGUGGUACAGGCAGCAAUGGAUCGAUGAAUUUCUUGUGUGGAGCCCUGAGGAUUUCGAUGAAGUGAAAAAGGUGUCAAUCCCCACUGCCAAUGUGUGGGUGCCUGACAUUGUCAUCAACGAAUUUGUUGAUGUUGGAAAGUCCCCUGAUAUCCCAUACGUGUAUGUGAGCCAUGACGGACUAGUGCGCAACUACAAGCCCAUUCAGGUGGUGACCGCCUGCACGUUAAACAUCUAUAACUUCCCCUUCGACGUCCAGAACUGCAGCCUCACCUUCCAGAGUUGGCUGCACACCAUAAACGACAUCAACAUCACCCUGAUGAGAACCCCUGAGGAUGUGAAGGAAGAUAAGAGCGUAUUUAUGAACCAGGGCGAGUGGGAGCUGCUACACGUCCUCUCAAAGUACAACUCUUUCAGCCUGGACAACGACGACUACUAUGCUGAGAUGAAGUUCCAUGUGGUGAUCCGACGGCGGCCGCUGUUCUACACGGUCAACCUGCUGCUGCCCAGUAUCUUCCUGAUGGUGAUGGACAUCGUGGGCUUCUUUCUGCCGCCUGACAGCGGUGAGCGAGUCUCCUUCAAGAUCACACUGCUGCUGGGGUACUCCGUCUUCCUCAUCAUCGUCUCCGACACUCUCCCCGCCACCGCCAUCGGCACACCCCUCAUAGGUGUGUACUUUGUGGUGUGCAUGGCGCUGCUGGUCAUCAGCCUGACGGAGACGGUGCUGAUCGUGCGGCUGGUCCACCAGCAGGACCUGCAGCCGCGCGUGCCCUCCUGGCUCAGGUACCUGGUUCUGGAGCGGGCCGCCACGCUGCUCUGCGUCCGGGACAAACACCGGAUCUGCUCCAGCCUGCUCUCCUCCUCCCCUCUGCCUCACUUCACCGAGAACAACAUACACACAGGCUCCCGCUGUGCCCACCACCACACCUGCGACGUGUCCAGAGAGCACGGUGUCCGAGGGAUGGGCCUGCCGGUGCACGACCCCACGCCGCCCGUCAUGGACAACAUCCUGCAGGAGGUGUCGUGCAUCCGGCAGUACCUGGAGCGGCGGGACGAGAGCCGCGACGUGGCCAAGGAGUGGCUGCAGGUGGGCUACGUGCUGGACGUGCUGCUGUUCCGCGUCUACCUGGUGGCCAUGCUCACCUACAGCAUCACGCUGGGCACGCUCUGGUCCGUCUGGCAGUACGCCUGA